UUCUUCAUCAUCCUCUAGUUUCGCUGAAAUCCUUACCGAAAUUCCUGAGCUUAGGGGUGAUAAUUUCAAAAUCUGGAAGGAACGAGUUCUUCUUCAUUUAGGCUGCGCCGACAUGGACUACGCAAUAAGGAAGGACGAACCUGCUGCAAUCACUGUGACUAGCACUGCUGCUCAGAUCGCACUAUAUGAGAAAUGGGAGCGGUCCAAUCGCCUCAGCAUCAUGUUCAUCAUGUCCAAGAUCCCUCUGGGAAUGCGUGGAUCGGUGGAGCAACCUGAGAAAGUCAAAGACUUGAUCAAACUGAUCGAUGAGCAGUUCGACACUUCGGACAAACCACUUUACAACAACCUCAUCCACCAGUUCUCAUCCACAAAACUCACUGGUGUCAAAGGAGUUAGAGAACAUAUUUCAAAGAUGAGGGACAUUUCUGCUCAACUGAAGAAACUCGAUGUAGUCAUUCCCGAAACCUUCCUGGUCCACUACAUCCUUAACCAUCUUCCACCUCAAUAUGGGCCUUUCAAAAUUUCCUACAACACACAUAAGGACAAAUGGAGUAUCAAUGAACUGAUAACCAUGUGUGCUCAAGAAGAAGCAAGGCUCCUGCAGGAACAAGGUGAAAGUGCUCACAUGGCCACCCAAGGCAAGAAACGCAAACCAUCCAAGAAGGACAAGGGGAAAAAUAAAGUGCCUCCCCAAGGUGAUAUAAAGAAGGAUUCCAUCAAAUGUUUCUUCUGCAAAAAGAAGGGACAUGCGAAAAAGGAAUGCGCCAAGUUCAAGAAAUGGAUGGACGACAAUGGGUUUACAAAACCUAAGGAAGCCAGUGGGAAGUGAGCAAAGCAUCUUAUCUGGAAACAAGAUGGGCUCACAUGUGGAGGCUAUAGGAACGUGCCAUUUAGUUUUAAGUAGCGGUUUUGUUUUAAAGUUAGAAAAGACAUUUUAUGUACCAAGUUUCUCUAGAAACUUGA